UUGUUGCUAAGGAGACCAAAAGGAGGGCUUGUUGCUGUAGAGGCGGGGCGGUGGGGUUGCUAAGAGAUGGAAACGUAGUGGAGAUGGAGGAGGGGGGGUUGUUGCCAGGGAGUGUGGGUGGGGCCUGUUGCUAGGGAGGAAGGAGGGUCUUAUGCGUUUGGGGAAGGGUCCUGUUGGUAUGAAGGAAGGAAAGGGGGCUGUGGUUAAGGGGUGUGCGGGCAGAGUGGUUUGGGGCCAUGGUGGGGCGCCGAGCUCCCCUAAAAUGCCACCUUCUCAGCAGACCUUCAGGAGUUGACCGGUCAGGACGUCAGAGCUGCCUCAGCGGUGACCACCUUCUCCCUCUAACACAUUCUUCCCUUCUUCACAAACGGCCUAUGGCGGACGAAGGCUCCAGCGGCAGCCGCCUCCCGCUGGCGCUGCCCCCGGCCUCUCAGGGUUGCUCGUCAGGGGGUGGCGGCGGCUCCUCAGCGGGGGGCUCCGGCAAUCCCCGGCCCCCACGUAACCUCCAAGGCCUGCUGCAGAUGGCCAUCACGGCGGGCUCUGAGGAGCCAGACCCCCCUCCAGAACCCAUGAGCGAGGAGAGGCGUCAGUGGCUGCAGGAGGCCAUGUCGGCUGCCUUCCGGGGCCAGCGGGAGGAGGUGGAGCAGAUGAAGAGCUGCCUCCGAGUGCUGUCCCAGCCCAUGCCCCCUGUGACCGGUGAGGCCGAGCUGGCCGCUGACCAGCAGGAGCGAGAGGGGGCCCUGGAGCUGCUGGCCGACCUGUGUGAGAACAUGGACAAUGCUGCAGACUUCUGCCAGCUGUCUGGCAUGCACCUGCUGGUGGGCCGAUACCUGGAGGCAGGGGCUGCAGGGCUGAGGUGGCGGGCGGCGCAGCUCAUCGGCACGUGCAGUCAGAACGUGGCGGCCAUCCAGGAGCAGGUGCUAGGCCUCGGCGCCCUGCGGAAGUUGCUGCGGCUGCUCGACCGCGAUGCCUGUGACACGGUGCGCGUCAAGGCCCUCUUCGCUAUCUCCUGCCUUGUCCGGGAGCAGGAGGCUGGGCUGCUGCAGUUCCUCCGCCUGGACGGCUUCUCCGUGUUGAUGCGGGCCAUGCAGCAGCAGGUGCAGAAGCUCAAGGUCAAGUCGGCAUUCCUGUUGCAGAACCUGCUUGUGGGCCACCCUGAACACAAAGGGACCCUGUGCUCCAUGGGGAUGGUCCAGCAGCUGGUGGCCCUUGUGCGGACAGAACACAGCCCUUUCCACGAGCAUGUGCUUGGAGCCCUGUGCAGCCUGGUGACAGACUUCCCACAGGGCGUGCGUGAGUGCCGGGAGCCUGAGCUGGGCCUGGAGGAGCUCCUCCGCCACCGCUGCCAGCUGCUGCAACAGCACGAGGAGUACCAGGAAGAGCUAGAGUUCUGUGAAAAGCUGCUACAGACAUGUUUCUCCAGCCCAACGGAUGAUAGCAUGGAUCGAUGAAACCAGGUGGCUUCUUGGUUCCCCCCUCCGUGGGAACCCCAGGCCUCCUGCCUCCCUCUCCACCCAGGAGGUCCUCUCCCAAGGGAUCACAGGGCUUCAUUGGUGACUUGGCCCAGGAUGUGUCAGCUCAUCUCUGCACAGCCCCCUGGAGGGGGCACUGAGAAAGGCACCAGCUCUUUGGACCCCCACAGCCUCUGCUCUCUCACUCUUAUCCCUUCUGAUGUCCGCACUACUCUUCCAAUAAAGGUGUUUCUCUUCCUCCUC